AUGAAAUUAAAGGUCAAUGUAGGCUCAGACCCUGAGCACACACAAAUUGCUUGGGUGAAUCAUGAAGGACGGCCAACAGAAGUAGAUGGGCCAUAUUGGGUUGGUAGAAUUUUGGUUCGAGUGCGCGACUUUGACGGAGUCACUCCUGACGGUAGUCCUCCGAAACCAGAUUCUAUCUAUUUUCGUGGCCGUUCAAGAAAGUUUCAAAUCCAAGCCGAAGGUCGCUUUAAGAAAGAGUACACCGGCAAUCAGGUCAUAUUUGGCACGCAGUUUGAUCAUAUGAUUUCUACAUUUCCGGAAAGUGCUUUUCGUGCCGGCAUGCGUAUUGCCAAAUAUAUCGAUCCAGCCGUUUAUUAUGACAAAUUUGCGAAAUCACCUUACAUUAUGUCUCCAUUUGUUGCAUGCGUCAACACACUAUCUGCUUGGCCAGCUCCUAGCCGUUUAGAUGACGCUGUCAUCUCGUUAGUGGAAGCCGACCCUCAGGAAUCAGACACAGAUACUUUACCGGAGCUGAGUGAAUCUUUAGAUGACGAUCCUCAGACUCCCAUAUCCACGCCUGCUGAGUAUCCGGUCAGCAGGUCAAAUUUCAAAAAGAAUACACCUCCCCCAAUAACCGUUACCGGUACGCAACUCUCCCCUCCGAAUACCAACGAUCCUUCCAGGAAGGAUCAUGACAAUCUAAGCUUGGUGUCGUCAGAUUCUGGAAACACCACAGCUUAUCAAAAAGGCCGCCAUCGCUAUUGGAGCUUUGCUGGUUUUAACAAUAACACCAGGUUCUCACAUCUUAACUUGGCUUCUCGCGCACCGGAAGUUAAGGAAUCACGAAGUAUACAACCAAAUGAACAUGAGUCAUCUUUAGUAGACUCCAUUGGUUCAUCAGCGAUUCGUGGAUCCGGUGAAGACGCAGACAAUGAUGAUGAUGAAUUUGUUUUGCACCGGCCUAUCACCAAUCGUCACAAAAAUUUCAGUGUUCAUGUUCAGCAAGUGGGUCUUUUGCAUAAACCGAGUUUAGAUGGGGAUGGUUAUAUUAAUGAAUUUUAUGAUGAUGAUAAUUCUCUUGAUGAAAAUGAAGAGGAUUUGCAACGCUAUUUCACAGCUCUCGAAAUGCAAUCCGACAAAAAGCAUACCAGAAAACAAAAAAAUAAGGAUCCUUUUCAUCGGAUUACACAUCCGAAUUUACAUAUCGGAAAAAUAUCUACCCCGAAAAUUAUAAAACGAAUGUCUCUACGUUCGAAAAAAGGAGCCAAGAACUCCAAACAAGAAUCUUCUUCCCAACCAGAGACACAACGUACUUCCAUGUCUAGUAUGUCUCCUCCACCUGUUUCCAAAAACGAAAAGAAGAUGUCUGCACCUCGUCGUUCGUUGGACAAGUUGAUACGUAUUGGUUCCUUACAUAAGCACCAUCAUCAUCAUCAGAAUAAAUCGGAUCACCCUGAAUCCGAUCCUGGUGUUGAUUUUUAUAAAAAUGAAAGCAGACACCAUUUUGAAUCAGCAGCUUUAAGAAAUUCUCUGUCUACCGAUCGCCCUUCCUCGUCCCAUUCUACUUUGACGUCUCCGGAUAACUCCAUUUGCUCUACCCCCAAAGUAAGUGGUGAAACGGGAUCUUUACCCCCUCUGCACGAGGAUACAUCGCCAGGUGAAAACAAUGGUACCAAUUUUAAUUCGGCUAUUAAGGAGGAGCAUGAUAAUCCUAGAAGCAUUCCGGAAACCCCGUCUCUUGAUACGCCAUCUGAUAAACAUUUACAGGGCGGUAGUAAUGCAAAGACUGAUGAUGCUGGCAAUCACUUGAGUGUGCCGAAAAACCCGGUAAAGCCUGUCCCUUCGCGAACAGCGUCUAACCAAUCAAAAAUUCCAAAACCCUGUGUACACAUUCCUUCUGAAUCAAAUUCUCUUGAUCCCCAGCUUGGUCCUUUUAGAUUUGCCAAUCCAAAAGUUGAUCCAAUUGAAGAUAAUUCUUUCAUUUUUGGAGAACACAAAUCUGUUAAAGAUAGAAGGAAGUAUUUUUCAAGUUCUGAGGAUAAUAGAACGAAUUUUUUCUACGAUAAGGAUGUUGUUUAUUGCAUGAGCUUCUUCUCUCCUCAUAUGGAUUUUAAUAGGUUCAACUUGAAUAUUGGACCGAUUAAAUUAAAUGUUUACAGGCAUCUUAAUGCUGACGGCCAUCAACCUAUUCGAUACAUGAUGCGAGAGACGGAAGAUGAAAAAUCAAUUAUGUUUGUUAUAGAAUUUGAUUUGGUAGAGGAUGACGAUGAGGAUCUUUUAGCCCAACAAGCUGAAGAACGCGAACGGAGAAUACAUUAG